AUGCUAGGCAAAGUAUUAUUAUCUGCUGAUGUUGCUCUAGUUUGUACGCAACAUGCUCUUUCAACAGAAAAAGAAGAAAUAAUGGGAUUACUUAUUGGAGAGGUACGCGACGGUGGUGAAAUCGUAUCUAUCGUUUCAUCAGUGAUAUUACGUAGACUGGAUAAAAAACCAGAUCGUGUUGAAAUAUCAGAGGAACAACUUGUACAAGCUACUGUAAGAGCUGAAGAGCUGGCUGCAGAAGUUGGAAGACCACUCAGAGUCGUGGGAUGGUACCACUCACAUCCACACAUUACUGUGUGGCCGUCACAUGUUGAUCUUGCUACUCAAUACAUGUAUCAAAGAAUGGAUGCUAGCUUUGUGGGUAUAAUCUUUGCAGUUUUUCUCACAGAGCAAGCAACAAAAGCACCAUCGAUACAAAUUACUUGUUUUCAAUCUGUGAAUGAAGGAUCAAACCAAAGUAGAAGAGAAGUAGCCUUGGAAAUUGUUAAUAACAAUGACUCUUUAUUGGAUAACAACUUUCAAAUACUAACUAAACUACCAGCUAUUCUCAAGGAGGAAGAGGAUGAGGCUUACAACAAUGAAGUUGGUCAGGGUGAAUGCCAUGACAUUAUAAACAAACAACAUAAUGCAGCAGUCAGAACAAUUGCUAUAGGCCAUAUUGUUGAAAAGAUGUCUAGACCUAUGCUGGAGGCUCUUGUUGCAAGAAAUUCAUUGAAUGCUGUGCGUUUAAAAGCUCUGAAAAAACAACAUCAAGAAUUAAUGUCACGGUUAGAAACAAUGCCCUGUAACAUUUAA